AUGAACUCAAGGCGAUUUACCGUUGACAUAUUCAAGCGUAAUAAGUUGUUAGACUUAUUUUCCUCGAGAUCCUCAAUAAGCAUAUCUUCUGCCAAACCCAUUCAAUUCGACACUUUUCGUCGUCCUUCAAGGUCACUACAUUAUACACGUCCAGUAAAAAUGCAAGCAAUCAAGAACACCAUCGCCGAAAACGUUGGCGGGGCCUCACAGUUGGGGUCCCACCAAUUUAGCCUAGAGGAAUGCCCUGAUCUGACAUCCAAAAUUGCCGUCGUGACAGGAGGCAGCGAGGGUAUCGGCUACGGCAUCACGCACACGCUUCUCAAGAACAACAUUGCUAAGCUGUACAUUCUUUCCAUGUCCAAGGAGGUCGUUGAUGGUGCGCACGAUGCCAUCGCCAAGGAACUCGGGGUCGAGAAGGCAAACCGCACAAAAUGGUUCCAGUGUGACUUGACCGACUGGAAGCGAGUCAAGGAGGUUGCGGAAGCCAUCAAGAACGAUGCCGACCGUCUCGACAUUCUCGUCAACAACGCCGGCAGGGGUGUCAUGACGUUUGAACUCACUGAUUACGGGGUCGACCGCCACAUGGCGCUCAACCACAUGGGCCACGUGGUGCUGACGUCGCAUCUGUUGCCGUUGAUUAAGGAGACGGCGGAGAAGGGGAAUGUGGUUAGGAUUGUGAACCAGGCAAGCAAUGCGCACCAGGGAGCGCCGAGCGACACCAAGUUUGAGAGCCUCGAAGAACUGAACCAGGACUUGGGCCCGAAUGCACAGUACGGACGCACCAAGCUUGCGAACAUCUUGUACGCGAGAUACUUCAACAGGAAGGUCACGCAAAGCGGACACCCGAAUGUCCUGAUGAAUGCGACUCAUCCCGGGUUCGUGAGCACAAAGCAAAGCAAGGUGGAUGUUUUUGAGGCAUACCCCUUGGGAGGCUAUGCAAUGGCGGUUGGCAUGGAGCCUUUCAAAAAGGAUCAGUUCGAGGGAGCUUUGUCGGCCGUAUAUGCGGCCACCACGAUCAAGGAGUCUGGCCAGUAUAUUUGCCCACCUGCUAUUCCGGAAAAGGGAAGCAAGUUGGCGCAGGAUGAUGAGCUCGCAGAUCGGUUGAUGGAGUUGACGCGCAAGGUUAUUACGGAGAAAACUAAGAAGGACUCCGUUGACCAAGGCUGUCCUAUGGAUGACUUGGUUUUGCACUGA